UAUUCCAAUUUCACAAAUUGGAAGUUUCAUCUUUCCGAUAGCACGUGAAGGCAGCAUUACGUGCUUCCUAUGCAGUCGGAAGUAGCGGCGAAGCCACAUCCCGGCUCCUGUUGACUUGUGUUUAUCAGGCGCAGUGUUUCUGCCCAGACAACAUGACAUCUCUGUGGCUGCCAUCCUCACUGCUGCUGGUGCUGCUUUUGGAGGUCGGCAGUGUUUCUCUUCAGGAAAGCAGCAGGCCCAACUUUGUCCUGAUGAUGGUGGACGACUUGGGAAUUGGUGACCUUGGCUGCUAUGGCAAUAAAACUGUGAGGACUCCCAGUAUCGACCAGCUGGCACGGGAAGGUGUGAAGCUCACUCACCACAUCGCCGCAGCGAGCCUGUGCACUCCUAGCAGGGCGGCGUUCCUCACAGGACGAUACCCGAUACGAUCAGGUAUCGCCAGUGAUCAACCACCUGGUGUCUUCUUAUUUAAUGCAGGAAGUGGAGGUCUGCCCAGCCGAGAGCUUACUUUCGCUAAGCUCGCCAAACAGCAAGGCUACAACACGGCUCUUAUAGGAAAAUGGCAUCUUGGACUGAACUGUGAACGCAGUGAUGAUCACUGCCACCACCCCAGUGCCCACGGCUUCAACUAUUUCUUCGGUAUCCCCCUGACUAACAUGCGGGACUGCCAGCCUGGACAUGGCACCGUUUUUGUCAUUUAUAAGUUCCUACCUUACAGGACAAUAGCCAUCGUCUUGGCCACUGCGGUCUUGCUUCACUUCUGCGGCGUCAUCACCGUCCGCCGACGGCUAGUCCUGAGUCUGGUGUCGCUGCUGCUCCUGAUCACAGGUCUGCUUGUGGGCUUCAUCAUGCUCGUCCCAUAUUUGAACUGUGUUCUCAUGAGGGACCACAGAGUCGUGGAGCAGCCGUUCAUAUCUGAAAACCUGACACAGAGGAUGACUCGUGAGGCAGUGGACUUCAUAGAGAGGAACUCGGCAAAGCCUUUCCUGCUCUUCUUCUCUUUCAUUCAAGUGCACACAGCCAUGUUUGCCUCUGCGGCGUUCAGGGGGACGAGCAAACACGGCAUCUACGGUGACGCCGUCCAUGAGGUGGACUGGAGUGUUGGUCACAUCUUGAAGACUCUGGACAGACUCAAUCUAAGGGAAAACACUCUGGUCUACCUGACCUCAGACCAGGGUGCUCACCUGGAAGAAUCCCCCAGUGGAUCCAAUGGAAUAUAUAAAGCAGGGAAAGGCACAAAUUGGGAGGGAGGUAUCCGGGUCCCAGGAAUUCUGAGCUGGCCAGGGAAAAUCUCCAGCAGUGUACAAAUCGACGAGCCCACCAGCAACAUGGACCUGUUUCCCACAGUGGUUCACUUAAGUGGAGCUUCAGUCCCAGAGGACAGGGAGAUUGAUGGCCAUGACCUCAUGGAUUUGCUUCAGGGGAGAGUUGAAAGGUCCCGCCACGAGUUUCUGUUCCACUACUGUGACAUCUACCUGAACGCGGUCAGGUGGCACCCUCGGAACAGUAGCUCAGUGUGGAAAGCCCUUUUUUUCACGCCAAACUUCUACCCCGAGAGCGCCACCGUGUGUUCCCACACCAGCGUUUGCCUGUGCGCGGCAGAGUUUGUGACGCGCCACGAUCCCCCACUCCUCUUUGACCUCUCCAGGGACCCGUCGGAGACCGCGCCGCUGACGCCCGACACCGAGCCGGCGUUUCACUCCGUUUUGGCCGCGAUGGCCGAGGCUGUGGAGCAGCACCAGAGGUCGGUGAAGCCCGCGGAGGGGCAGCUGUCCAGAGGGAAUGUGAUGUGGAGGCCAUGGCUGCAGCCCUGCUGCUCAAGUUUUACACAUCUGUGCCAGUGUCAGGACCAGUAGAUCAUAUCACACGUGAAACCUCAGCAUCUGAAUAUUAAAUACUGUUCAAUAUGUCAAAAUCUUGAGUAAUAUCCUCCACCGUCUAAGCAGCAUAAUUAAAAGGACAGAUUUAGAUUACAUUCUCUGGGUGUGCAGGUUGUGGCCCAAGGAAGAAAUGUUAAGAUUUUGGAGGUAAUCAGGAUAUGACAACUACGGUCCACACAGUACUGAAGGAAGCGACUACAGUUUUGCUUUCUAGAGUGACCAAGACAGAGCCCUCUUUUUUUGGGGGGGGGAGGUUGAGUGUCUCCCUCCUAAACUCUGCACUCAAGCCCCUGCACUUGCUGCUCGCCUCUCAUUUCAAAAGAGGCAUCAUCACUCUCAUGCUCUCCACGAUAUAAUGAGGUCAAGGAGGUCACAUCAACUUGCGCACUGCCUCGUUUUCAUAUGCGGCCUCCAGCCCGGGCAAGGAUUCCGGCUUUUAUGGACUUUGAUAAGCAGACAUCCUUGUCUGACAUCAGCUGCUGUGUUUUCCUUUGACACCAUGUCUUUUUUCUUUUUCUCUCUCUCUCCCGACAUCGCGCUGAUAUAUUUUAUUCAGUGUUAUCUCCUGACUCGACACUCAAUAAAAAAAAAAAUCUAUAUUAAACUGAAACUGGAUGUGUUGCUCCAACAUUCUAUAUUUAAAUGGAAAAAGUACUACAAUUAUAAUUUAAAAAGUCUCCUGAUAUAUGCACACACUGUGCAGCACAUUAGCUUUUGGAGAGCAAUGAAACUGAUAAGGUGGUUAUUUUUAGACACCGCUGGAUAUUAGUAAUUAUAUUAUUGCACGGCCCUACUCGGCAUUGUCUGGGACACUACACAAAUCAAAGCUGCCUUUUUAAGAGGCAGCUUGAAGGUUAUUCCUUCGAGAAGGUGCCGUUUGUCAUAGAAAUGCCAAGACGUGCGGCUUAUGAGUUAAACUCGUUUUCAGAAAGAAUCUCGACAAAUUCAUUUAGUUUACUGUAGUUUACACAAACACGUAGGAUCACAGUCGGCAGCCAUAAGCCGCCGUGAAUCCCGCGUGCUUGAGAAAACACUCCGCAGUUUCAACAGAGUGUGUUGUGCAGAAGAGUUUGCUGUGUGACUGCUGUCAGUCACUGUCACUUGUAUGUGUUUGCGCAUGGCUAUAUUUCCACUUUGUGGCCUUAAACUGUCACUAGUGUGUCGUGCGUCGGAGCGCGGCAGACAGUCCGUAUACUUAAAGAGUUUGGGUUUUUGAAGUGAAAGUCAGUGCCGACAGUGCUGUGAUAUAUUCGGUAUAACAGGUUUGCCGUUUUAUCUCACGGUUUGACAGCCUUCACCAACUGGAAACGCGAGUUUUUGGACCAAAACCAAAAGUUCAUAGAGGAAAUCUAAGUUUAAAUGUGUUAUUUUGUUCAAAAAUACCUAAGUGGCAGAAACUUAGGUACAAAGCAGCAGCAGACCAGCAGCUCUUAUGUCGCCAUGAGCUAAAAACGAUGAUUUUCUCUGUGUGUUGUUGGAAAAAGCAGUUAAAACCUUUUCUCAUCAAACUUAUUCUUCGGAUGUAAUAGACUUAAACAGAUGAAGUAGAAGUACCAGACAAAAAAGCCGCCGUUCACACCGUCAUAGAGCAGCAGUUGUCACAAUAGCAACUGAUACUAAGAGCCAGAUUCUGUAUUUCCCUGAAGAGUAUUUUGAGUAUGCAAUAUUUUAGUUACAGCAUGUUCUGCCCUAAACUGGCAAAAAAAAUAAAAUUUAAAUGCAGCUUUAAAAUAUGUAGAUGAUGCAGAUUCUCUCCCAUGUGAAGGGUUCUGUUGAUGGAUUUAGUUUGAAUGUUUUUCUCUUACUUUACUCUAACACCAAACUACAUGACUCAACACUAACUGAUCCAAUGUGAAACACUAGUUACAUAGAGGAAGUAUCAUCAGACACAGGUAGUAAUUUAAUAACCACAAAAGACAGAUUCUGGUUUGAAAAUACUGUUGUUUUUUUGUCAUAUUUGGCAAAUAACUCGUGAGAGGUAAUUAAAAAUAAAUCAACUGAAAGUUGUUGUCAUUCCGUUUUGUAAUUACGCGUCAAAUAUCUUCAUGGUUCAUUUUAAAAAGCUGCUUUGCAAAUGGUGUUCCUGUGGUUGGGUUAUUAGUACAUUUUUGCCUGUUUGUAGAAGUGUUUACAUGACAUGACAUGAUUCUGCAGUCUUGCGUGUAAAUCAGACUUGUGUCUAGACACAGUGAUUACAUUAUACAGUCAAGAAAAAAUUAUCAAGUAUCUGUAAUAAAACAAACUUUUGUUGGGAAA